UUCCAUCAAAGAGUAUAAAAUAUUUUUGGAAAUGGCAAGUAUAUUAAUUCCAAUUCGAAUGUCAAAUCAAAUAAAAAAAACAUUGUCAAAAUUUAUUUGUAAUUUGACUUUAGCCCAAUCACAAACAGCAAGUUGCGAUUUACAUCCUGUAAAGAUUCACUAUUGAUUUUAUUGAAGUAUUUAAAAAAUUAUGAGUAGGUAUGUAAAAUAGUAAAGUGUACGAACAUUACAGCUGUGUGAGAAAAUCUUUUUGUUGUACUAUCAUUUAUUACUUAUUAUAGAACGAUGAAUAUUUUUUAAAAAGUAAAAGGCAAACCUUGUCGCCUGUCGGCUGUUUACUUGUUUGCCGGUUCCUUUACUGGCUGGGUUCCAUGUAAAAUUGAUCAGGUUUCGUACAAAAAAGGGUUUAUAGCACCAGUGUCUGGUUAUUGUAUUUACUUGUUCUCAGGAAGCAUUUCAAGGUACAAUUGUGAUGCGGCGCAACUUUUUGAGGCUGUUACGGCUACGUAACCUUAUUAUAAUAAUAUUAAUUGUGGCCACAGUAUAUAUAUUGAGAACAAAGGAUGUAAAUUCAAUAUCAAUAGAACCUUUGAAGCAGACACUCUUGGGCAGUGGAAAAAAGGAUUAUUUUGAACCAACAAGCUUAAAAAAAAUAGACUGGCACAAUUACAAACAGAUAAAAUAUGAAAGGAAACGAGUGGGUAUCGGCGAGCAAGGACUGCCUGCUCAUUUAUCGAAAAGAGAAACCAAUCUGGAGAAAGAGUUAUAUUCAGUAAAUGGAUUCAAUGGAGCCCUAAGUGAUAAGAUACCUCUCAAUCGCUCCCUACCAGAUAUAAGGCAUCUGGGGUGUCAAAAACGUCUCUACAUUGAGUCAUUGCCAACUGUGAGUGUAGUUGUACCAUUUCACAAUGAACAUUGGAGCACAUUGCUUCGAACUGUGGUCAGUGUGCUGAAUAGAUCGCCGGAAAAGUUGAUCAAGGAGAUAUUCUUAGUGGACGAUGCUAGUACCAAAGAUUUCCUGAAAGAAAACUUGGAUGAAUAUCUCAUGUAUAACUAUCGAAAAGUGAAGGUAAUUCGUCUUAAAAAUCGCAGUGGAUUGAUAACAGCGAGAUUGGCUGGUGCGAAGCAGGCAACGGCUGAUGUGCUGCUGUUUCUAGACUCCCAUACAGAGGCUAAUGUUAAUUGGUUACCGCCAUUGUUAGAGCCCAUAGCGCUGGACCCUCGCACAGUAGUAUGUCCAUACAUAGACGUGAUCGCAUACGAUACCUUUGAAUACCGAGCUCAAGAUGAAGGGGCCCGGGGAGCAUUCGAUUGGGAAUUGUAUUAUAAAAGACUGCCGCUGCUGCCUAGAGAUGUGGAAAACAUGCCUGAGCCGUUUGAGAGUCCAGUUAUGGCCGGAGGGUUAUUCGCAAUAUCACGACUCUUCUUUUGGGAACUUGGCGGUUACGACCCUGGACUAGACAUUUGGGGUGGGGAACAGUAUGAAUUGAGUUUUAAGAUCUGGCAGUGUGGCGGUCGUAUGGUAGACGCGCCGUGUUCCCGCGUGGGGCACGUGUACCGAAAGUUCGCGCCGUUCCCCAACCCGGGACAUGGGGAUUUUGUGGGGCGGAACUACCGCCGCGUUGCAGAGGUGUGGAUGGACGAAUACGCACAGUACUUGUACAAGAGACGACCAAAAUACUUAAGUAUUGAUACUGGGGACAUCUCGGAGCAGAAAGCUCUGAGGGAGCGGCUUAAGUGUAAAUCGUUUAGGUGGUUCAUGACUCAGAUUGCUUUCGACUUAACAGUGAAAUAUCCACCUGUUGAACCUAGUCCGUUUGCUGAAGGCCGCAUUAGACCAUCAUCAAAUCCGCAACUGUGCGUGGACGCACAUCACGGCGAACAAAUGGACAAGUUACAUCUUAAACCGUGCACCGAAUCGGCGAUAGCUGAGCAAAAUUUCAUACUCUCCUGGCAUAAGGAUAUAAGGUCGAAGUCCCGCUCGAUGUGCUGGGACGUCCCGGAGUCGUCCCCGCGCAGCGCCGUGCUGCUGUACGCCUGCCACCUGGGGGGCGGCAACCAGCUGUGGCGGUACCACGCGAGCAAAAAACUCCUAAAACACGGGACGAAUGACAAUUGCCUCGACUGGGACCGUUCCACCAAGGACCUGUUCAUUCGUCCCUGCGACGGGACCGACACGCAACGCUGGGACGUAGAGCAUAUAGAUUGGGACAUGUUGGGGCAAUGGGACAGAGUGGCCCAGCCCAGAACUGGGCCAGUUGAGAAUUAUAGAGAGUGAAUUUGGUUUAGUAUUUUAGGCUGAAAUUUAGGAUAUUUUAAAGAAUUGUCCUGUUUAUAAAGGGGGAUAGGUGGGAAGGAAGAAACGCGUUCCUAAGUUUUUCAGCA